AUGCUGGCCCUCAAAUCCAUGCGAAUGCCGUCAGCGGUCGCGGAGCACACGACAACUAUCGACCGACUUCCCCCUGAGAUCCUCGACCUGGUCGCAGAGAAUCUCUACAACACGGGUUUCGGCCAGGUCGACACCCUGUUGCCAUUCUCGGUGGUUUGUCAUCGGUUCCGUCAGUCAGCGCUGCCAUUUCUGUUCAGCACCAUCUCUCAUAUCAUUCGAGACCGGCUCGACCAGAGAGAAAUUGGCCUUCUCCGCCGACUUGUCAACCAUCCUCACCUUCUCCCUCAUGUCCGAACCCUCCAUAUACUCCAACCACCCGAGGUCAUCGGAUUGGUUCAUUCCUUGGAUACUGCCGAUGCCCAUCGCCUUACUCUAGAAAGCACAUGGUCUGAUCUGCGCGUCCUCCAAGUCAGUCUACUUUUAAUGCCCGGGCUCCGUCGGAUUCGAGUUGACUGUUCCGCAGCCGCCGCGUACCAGAUCAUCAAGAUGCUCCCAGAUGACCAUGUAUACGAGAUAAUCCUCGAUCAUCUUUACACCUCAUCGGACUGGCCUGACCUGCUUGAGGCGACCACCAGUCUAGCUUCGAUCGCAGGUUGUCAUCGGCUGGGACUGGGGGUGUUCGGGGACUUACCCUCGCAACAUGAACUAGCGACUACCACGUUCUAUGAUACAAUAUCAAGAGCAUCUGCAAUCAACCUCCACAUGUCCUGGCUUCUCGAUGGAUCUCAAACUGGCCACAAAGGACGACAAGACGAGAAUGCGACGUGCGCUUGCAUGCUUAAGAAGCCCGCCUGGUCCGAACUACACUUGCUGGUUCGACGUGCUCCUGGGACUCACCACCAUUCAUUCCGAGAUCUUGACCUCUCCUUGAUUCCAUGGAUCAACAUCCGCAGACUGUCGAUUCUCUGGGAAUACACUGUUCCCCUGAACCAGUUCAUCCACGAUGUUGCUCCCGAACUCACCAACCUCCAAGCACUACGGCUUCGUGCCGCCCAUCACCGGCUUUACCAUCCGGAUUGCCGAUAUGAUGUUCCUGCAACCGGCUUGUUUGCCGAUGCCCCGAUAGUACCGCCGUUCCGCAUUCCUUUUGAGCCGAUGCGCGAGCUUCGCGAGCUUGAGAUUGAUGGAAUCUGCAACCACAUCCCAAUCAAGGGGCUUGUUGGACCCAAACUCCGUCGCUUACGUCUGCAUUGCGAAGACGCACAGUGGUCAGUUUGCAGUGCAGAGAGUCAAAGGAGCCAUAAUGACAUCCUGUUUGCGGCCAAGAUCGCUCCAGACCUGGAACAACUCGAACUGGAUGUCGGAUACAUCCAGAAUCUGUGGCAUCCAACCGCUAUCCCUGGCGUGGACCUCGACAUGGAACAAUACGCCUUUUUGAAUGCCAUCUGCAAGUUUGGCCGACUGCGGUUGCUCCGGCUGUUUCCCCCCUUCGUGCCCAAGGAUUCUCCCCGGUUCAGUCGGAGGGUUCUCAGUUGCCUCCCUGUUUCCGACGACCAAGCAGUUCGGGUCUUCGAACACGUGAGAACACAAUGCCCUUCUCUGCAAAUGCUCUCGAUUGCUGCGAUACCUUCGUUCGUCAAUAUCGAUACGAUGUGCUGGGAUGUCAAACGACAAGGCGAGAAAACCAUCUUGACGACGAGGCACCGGGCAAGGAACUAUCAACACCGGCAGGUCUGGAUUGGUCAACGGAGGCUCAGCAGUGAAAUCAAAAGGUUCAGUACUCCUCGAAGAUAUAUAGCCGACUCGGAGUGCUGGACUUUGACCAGGAAUGAUGCACGACACAGCAGCCGGUGA